UAGAUGAUUCACUCUUCUUCGUUUUCAACGGCACCUCUCUAGUUCCUUCUUUCGUCUUGAAUCAAUCGUCCUCCGUUGAAUUUUCAGACUCCAUUCCACCCCCCGAAAAUUCAAAAGCCAACAAAGGUAAUAAAGCAAGCAAGCACAAUUACAAACGCCCCCACCCAAAUAAGGAAUUCCCACAUAAUUAAUUCCCCGACACCUCUAGCUUUAGGGUAGGUUCAGAAAGAAAACUUCAACCUUAAAUCUUCAAUUCGAGUUCACAAUCCCCAGCUCUUCCUCUCCAAACCCUAUUUCUUCCAAAAUUUUCCUUUUCUUUUUUUUUUCAGGAAAAUAUAGGAUUUGGUAGUUAGUAAUUAAAAAAAUAUGGAGAUCAGGGGGUUGGAGAUAUCUGAUGAAUUGAUGGGUACUUUUGUGCCAAUAGUGAUGUAUUGGGUUUAUUCGGGGAUAUAUAUGAUGCUGGGGGGUAUGGAUAAUUAUAGGUUGCAUUCGAGGAAAGACGAGGAUGAGAAGAAUUUGGUAGCGAAGAAGGACGUUGUCAAAGGUGUUCUUCUUCAACAGGCCGUUCAAGCCGUUGUUGCCACCCUCCUUUUUGCCGCUACUGGAAAUGAUGGUGAAGCUGAAGGAGAUCAACAGCGCCCCCUUGUUGAUCUUGCUAAGCAGUUCUUCAUUGCAAUGGUGGCCUUAGAUACGUGGCAGUAUUUCAUGCACCGAUACAUGCAUCAGAACAAGUUUCUUUACAAGCAUAUCCAUUCUCAGCACCAUCGGCUGGUUGUCCCGUAUGCAUAUGGAGCUCUGUACAACCACCCUUUAGAGGGGCUGAUUCUUGAUACAGUUGGUGGGGCCUUGGCGUUCCUCCUCUCAGGCAUGUCUCCUCGAGCUUCCAUCUUCUUCUUCUCCUUUGCUACCAUGAAAACGGUUGAUGACCAUUGUGGACUUUGGCUGCCUGGGAAUCUGUUCCAUAUUUUCUUCAGAAACAAUUCUGCGUAUCAUGAUAUACACCAUCAACUCCACGGUACCAAAUAUAACUUCUCUCAGCCAUUCUUUGUGACGUGGGACAGAAUUCUUGGUACUUACAUGCCUUACACACUCGAAAAGAGAGUUGAUGGGGGUUUUGAAGCAAGACCAACCAAAGACUACAAGGAGGAUUGAUGGUCUGUGUCAGAUUAUGUACCACUGAAAUUUUUGGUUCUCGUUUUUCUUCCAGAUACUCUUUUGACUACGUAACCUGUAUAUAUUUAUACUUUUAGAUAUAUUGUUGUAUAAUUGCUUUUUACUUUUUAGGUACGAGUUUUUGAGACAAAUAAAGAAGUCCCUCCUCCUAGGAUGAUUGGUUUUUGUUACCGUGCAUGUAUCCCUUAGAUGAAAAAGUGGUUGCUGUUGAACGAACUCCUCCGUAGUGUUUUUUUUUUUUUAAAUUUAUUUAGAGAAGACUGACUAAAUUGUUGUCUGAA